UUCACAGUGUGCUGCUGCUGCUGCUGCUUUGGAGGCAACAAAUUUAUUUUUGGCAUCUGACAUUAAAGCUCACCCUUUGCAAUGGCAGCGACCCCACUGAGCAGCGACAGCACCGGGAUCUGACUGAGCUUUUGGUCCGUCCUCUGCCACUUUGUGAACAGAACCGACUGAUAGUGAUGGAUACUGUUUGUAACAGGGACUGACCGACACGCGACACGCGAGCUGCUGUGAGCUGUGAGAGGAGAGCAAUCGUGCAGCCUCAGAGGUGAACCAGCAUCACAGCCACCAUGACCAGAGAGGAGGAGGUCUCUGACUCGGCGGGAGCCCAGGAGUUCUACGACAAGUAUGAGUCCAAGGAGAUUCUGGGAAGGGGAGUAAGCAGCGUGGUGCGUCGCUGCAUCAACAAACGGACGUCUCAGGAAUACGCCGUGAAGAUCAUUGACAUCACCCCGUCGGACAAGAUGACCCCGCAGGAGAUCGAGGAGAUCAGAGAGGCGACAGUGAAGGAGAUCGACAUCCUGAAGAAAGUCUAUGGACAGAACAACAUCAUUCAGCUUAAAGACUGCUAUGAGUCCAAAGCCUUCUACUUCCUGGUUUUUGACCUCAUGAAGAGGGGUGAACUUUUUGACUACCUCACAGAGAAAGUUACACUGAGUGAGAAGGAAACCAGAAAGAUCAUGCGCGCUCUGAUGGAAGUGGUCCAGUAUCUCCACAGUCAGAACAUCGUCCAUCGGGACCUGAAGCCUGAGAACAUCCUUUUAGACGACGAGAUGAACAUCAAACUCACCGACUUCGGCUUCGCUGUGCAAAACCAGCCGGGACAGAAGCUCAAAGAGGUGUGUGGGACCCCUGGUUACCUCGCUCCUGAGAUCAUCGAGUGCUCCAUGGACGGGGGGCAUGCAGGAUAUGGGACUGCUGUGGACAUAUGGAGCUCAGGGGUGAUCAUGUACACGCUGCUUGCAGGCUCGCCGCCCUUCUGGCACAGGAAACAGAUGCUGAUGCUGCGUAUGAUAUUGUCUGGGCAAUAUGACUUCUUGUCUCCAGAGUGGGAGGACCGCUCAGACACUGUCAAAGAUUUGAUCUCUCGGAUGCUGGUGGUGGACCCAAACCAGCGAUACACAGCUACAGAUGUCCUCAACCACUCGUUCUUUUCACAGUAUGUGGUGGAUGAAGUACGACAGUUCAGUCCAUACAGGCGGUUCAAGGUCAUUUGCAUGACAGUUCUCGCCACAAUGCGAAUCUACUGCAACUACCGCCGUGCCAAGCCCGUCACCAAGGAAGUGAUCAAGAGCGACCCCUACGCCGUCAAGCCCAUCCGCAAGCUCAUUGACGCAUGUGCAUUCAAGAUCUACGGCCACUGGGUCAAGAAGGGCCAAACUCAGAACAGAGCAGCGCUUUUCGAGAACACUCCCAAAGCCAUCCUGCUGUCGCUAGUUGCCGAGGCCGACGAGCCGAUGCACUACAUGUAAUGACAACUUGUUCCUCAGGACAGAUUUGCUGGAGUUUAUGGGGAUAUUCUACUACUAAGCUUGGCUUUUUGUUCUCUUCUUUGUUUUAUAAAGGAAAUGAACUGGUAAAACAUAACCUGAGAGGGUUAAUUCAAGUUUUUCUUUGAUAAGGAGAGCACAUUUUGCUAAUGAAUGUGCCAUUGCUAAUCGCAGUGGCAUUGAUGUGACCCAACAGAAAAACAUCGGCCACUGAAUGUCACCUUAUUUGCUGAUAAGCUGACGGCAGUCAACAAGCCGAAUAUCAGCAGAUACCGAUGUUCUGAUAAAUCGGGUCAUCCCUACCUGAAGUAAUAUGUUACUCUUGUUAUUACAAACAUCUGUUUUGUCAGAACUGUGAAGCCUUGGCUCACUAUCCAAUGCAAUAUUUCUGGAAAUAACAUGAUUCAGCUGACGCAAUAUGAAGCAGUGAACCUGCAUACUUGAAACGGCAUGGGCUUACAUAUUUAUGUACUGUGUGGCUACUUGAUCAUUAUGCAGGAUGUACUAUACUGAACUGCUUAACUGUGCAGCUUCAAGUACAAUUUUAAUUAUAUAGCACUUUAAAAUGUAUGCUAUGGAUUUAUUUAUUAAAAUGUGCAUUUAAUUUAAAA